UUCAAAAAAAACAAGGAAUUGGUAUGGAAACCAUUUUGAGUUUCUCACCGUCAGCGUCAGCGAUUCUCCUCCCGCCCUUCUAACCUGCCGAUUGCUCCAUCUCAACAUCAACAACAAAACCUCCAUCAACAUCUUCAGUUAUGUCUCCAAUAGAAGAGAGUGUUACUAGUUCGUUUGCUUCAAAAGAACCCCAAGAUGAUAGUAAACCACUAUGGAGAUUUGUCACUGUGGUGCAGAAUAAUGAUUCUGCAGGUGGAAACAAGCUUUGGAGGUGCAACUUUUGUCAAAAAGAGGUGAGGAGUUCAUACUCUAGAGUGAGAUUUCACUUAUUGAAAAUUGCUGGUGAAGGAGUUCACGUAUGUCCUAAGGUUACUGAUAUAUUGUUGACUGAUUUGAAUAGAAUAUGUGGAGAGGCUGAGAAUAGAUUAAAGCCAAAACAUGUUCCAUUGCCUUCCUCUAAACCAUCUCAAAUCCCACCAGUAGUGCCACAAAAGAGAAGAAAGAGUAUUAUAGAAAAUGCCUUUAAUGUUGAUGAUAGGAAUCAGCUUAGAGAAACUAUAGCAAGGAUGUUUUAUUCUGGUGGCUUAUCUUUCCAUCUUGCUAGAAAUCCUUACUAUGUUAGUUCUUAUUCUUUUGCUGCUAAUCACAACCUCAGUGGCUUCCUUCCUCCUAGUUAUAAUGCUCUAAGAACCACUCUUUUGAAGCAAGAGAGAGCUAAUAUUGAAAGGUUGCUUCAACCUAUAAAAUCUUUGUGGGCAUUGAAGGGAGUUACAUUGGUUUCUGAUGGUUGGACUGAUGUGCAAAGGAGGCCUUUGAUAAAUUUCAUUGGCAUUUGUGAAGGAGGACCUAUAUUUUUAAAAGCUGUAGAUGGCUCCAAUGAAUAUAAAGACAAACAUUAUAUGGCCAGCAUAUUUAUAGAUGUUAUCAAGGAGGUAGGGCCACAAAAUGUUGUGCAAAUCAUAACUGAUAAUGCUCCUGUUUGCAAGGCUGCAGGAAUGUUAAUUGAAGCUGAAUUCAAUCAUAUAUUUUGGACACCUUGUGUGGUUCAUACAUUGAAUUUAGCUUUGAAAAAUAUUUGUGCAGCUAAGAACAUUGUUGGAAAUGAAAAUGUUUAUAAUGAAUGCAAUUGGAUCACUGAAGUGGUUGAUGAUGUAUCUUUUAUCAAGACUUUCAUUAUGACUCACUCUAUGGCAUUGGCUAUUUUUAAUGAAUUUUCUACUUUGAAAUUUCUUUCUAUUGGUGAGACGCGUUUUGCGUCAAUGAUAGUGAUGCUAAAAAGAAUCAAGCUGCUCAAAACCGCUUUGCAAAGGAUGGUUAUUAGUGAUCAGUGGAGUACUUACAAGGAAGAUAAUCAACCAAGAGCUGCACAUGUGAAGGAGCUUCUUUUAAAUGAUGUAUGGUGGGACAAAAUAGAUUACAUCCUUUCUUUCAUAAAUCCCAUAUAUGACAUGCUUCAAAUAUGUGACACUGAUGCUUCUACCCUUCAUAAAGUAUAUGAAAUGUGGGAUUCUAUGAUUGAAAAUGUAAGGGAAAUUAUUUAUAGGCAUGAGGGAAUAGAAACAACGGAAACGUCCAAUGUUUGCCCUUUUUAUGAUGUUGUUUAUACCAUACUCAAUUCUAGAUGGGGUAAGAGUUGUACUCCACUUCAUUGUUUGGCACAUUCAAUGAAUCCAAGGUAUUAUAGUGAUGUGUGGCUUAGGGAAGCUCCAAAUAGGAUUCCUCCUCAUCAAGAUUCAGAAGUUUCUAAUGAGAGGAACAAGUGUUUGAAAAGAUAUUUUCCAUCAUCUGUUGAGAGAAAUAAGGUGUAUGAAGAAUACGGCCGAUUUUCAUCUUGUAGUGGUCCUUUUGCUUCUUUUGACUCUAUUGAAGGUAGAAAUAAAAUGGAUCCAAAAAGGGCUGAAGAUUUGGUUUAUGUGCAUACUAAUCUUCGACUCUUGUCAAGUAACGAAGAAGGGUAUAAGAAAGGAGAGACAAAGUUGUGGGACAUUAGUGGAGAUGCGCAUGACCCGCUUGAUGGUGUUGGAAUUGAAUUAGCUGAGUUAUCUUUAGAUGAACCGGAGUUGGAGGUUACAAUGUUCUUUGAUGAUGGAAAUGGAGGAGAGGAGACUGAUACAAUCCGUGUUUCUUCUUAA